AGUGCUUUAGAAUAAUAUUGAUUUGGCUGAAGGGGAUAGCUGUAUUUACAAAUCAGAAGAAAAAAUCUUUUAUAAAAGUGCUUUUGUUCUGUGAAUUGUGAUCAAUAUUUUACCAUGAUUGUAUAUUGUUUAAUAUUUAUAUCAUGUGUCCAUUGAUAUCAGUAAAACUCAGUUUUAAGGGUAACACUUCUAUGAAGUUGUAACUAAAGUUUUUCAUGUUUCUCAUUUUUAAGUUUACUGUAAAUGGUAAUUUAUAGAGUACCUGGUUGUGGUGGUACUUUUUCCAUAAUAACUUUUUUUUUACUUUACAAAAGCAUUUUUCUACUUUUUAGUAUUUCUUUUUAACCAUAGAGUAGGUUUAGGUUUUGAAUAUCUUUUGUGAAUUGUAGAUGACUUGUGAUGCAUUAGAAUGACUAUCUAGGUGCUUAGCACAUCUGACUAAAAGGAAAUAGGAAACCUCACACACAGUCAUGCUCCAGGUUUUGCUCCUUCUGGCUGCUCUUAUUGAGUGUCCACCCUGUUACGCCCACAAUAUGGGCACUGCUCCCCUCAUUAUCCAAUAUCGCGUCUGGGAAGAACAGCCCUCAGGGACAAGGGUGGGUCGCCUCCUGGAUGACCUACGUGAGCGUGGGGUGACAGGGUCACUGGAAAACUUCCAGGUCGUCCAGCAUGUGCAUGCCCCACCGGUCACAGUUGCUUCAAGGGAUGGUACCGUGUCAACACUAGGCAGGCUGGACCGCGAGGAGCUUUGCUCGGGAACAGAACGUUGUGAACUGGCCUUCAAUGUUCUCUACAGAAAGAAUGGUGCUAUGCAUUUACUCUCAGUUCAUGUGGAGGUGAUGGACCUAAAUGACCACAGCCCAGUCUUCCCCAGUCUAGUGCAGGAGGUGGAGAUCUCGGAGACAGCCUCGCUAAGAAUGCGCAUCCCUCUGGACCAUGCUAUAGAUCCAGAUGCGGGACAUAACGGCCUGCAGACUUACUCCCUGUCUUCCAACCAGCACUUUGCUUUGGAUGUCCGUACCUCUGGAGGGGCCAAGCAGGCUGAAUUAGUGGUCAUCAAAGAAUUGGACAGGGAAUUGCAGCCAUCUUUAGAACUGGUUCUGACAGCAUGGGACAAAGGAAACCCACCAAAAUCAGGCAGCACUAAAGUUAUAAUCAUAAUUCUUGACUCCAAUGACAAUAGCCCUGUAUUUGAGGAGGCCCCACCAGUUAUUGAGCUUGCAGAGAACACAGUUCUUGGGACCAUUGUCAUUAAUCUCCGUGCUACAGACCCUGAUCAAGGUGCUAACGGGGAGGUUGAGUACUCCCUUAGUAAACAUGCCCCACUGGAAGUGCAACGACUAUUCAGCAUCCAUCCCAAAACAGGUGCUUUGACUUUACAAGGCCAUUUAGAUUUUGAAGAAAAGAAGGUUUAUGAGGUAGACAUCCAAGCUCGAGAUCUGGGGCCUAAUGCUAUCCCGUCCCACCACAAGUUGCAGGUCAAAUUGCUAGAUGUCAACGAUAAUGCUCCCCGGAUACACAUAACAUGGACUCCACCCGAUUCCCCUUUCGCAACGGUCUCAGAGGGAGCACCAAAUGAAACUUUCCUUGCUCUUGUGAUUGUAUCUGAUGCUGACUCUGGGGCAAAUGGGCAGGUACGAGUGCACGUUCAGAGUGGAUCUGGCCCCUUCAGACUCAAACAAAUCCAUGGAGACAAUUACAUGGUCGUAACCAAUGAUACUCUGGACCGUGAGAGACAAAUGGAAUACAACCUUACUCUUCUAGCUCAAGACAGAGGUGAUCCUUCCCUGUCCUGCAUUAAGCACAUGACUGUCCGUGUUGCGGAUGAAAAUGAUAACGCACCAAAGUUCACCAAAAGUCACUACCGGAGUGUCCUCAAAGAGAACAACACACCUGACUUUCAUUUCUUGACUGUGGAGGCGCAUGAUGUUGACCUGGACCACAGCGGAAGGGUAUCAUUCUCCAUUAAAGAGUCAAAUGAACUGGGGACACCAACAGCAUUUUUCUCUGUCCACCCCAGAAGUGGGGCUGUUACUGUCCAGCAAACAUUAGACUAUGAGGAAUCCCAUUCCUACUCGUUUAUUGUGGAGGCUGUAGAUCAAGGAUUCCCACCAAUGACCAGUAGUGCAACAGUGCUGGUUGAGAUACAGGACGUUAAUGACAAUUACCCCGUAAUCCAUGAGCCACCACCCAAGAAGGGAGUUGCACAGCUAAGUGUCCCAGUGAAUGUGGACAAAGGGGAGAUUGUGACUGAACUUGGAGAUAAAUCUCUGGAGGAUAACUUCCACAAACCAAGAAAUUACUCUUCUCUCAACAAACCCGAAGGUUUUCUGGCCACUACCAUUCGGGCUAGUGAUCCAGAUUCUGGUCUCAAUGGAAGACUCAGUUUUGGAAUAACAGAUGGCAACCCUUCCAACAUAUUUUUUCUGGACAAAACUUCUGGGCAGCUCUAUGUGAACACAUCUAAUGCCACAGAAUUGAUUGGCAGAACUUUUAAGCUGGGCAUAGCAGUGUCAGAUAUGGGAACACCUAUGCUAACCACAAGAACCACUUUGGAAGUAUCUUUCAUCAACUUGCGUGACCACCUGAAGAACUUGUCUCAUGAUAACCAGUCCAAGUACAGUUUUACAAUGCUUUUGGCAAUCUGCCUUGGAUCAACCUGCUUGGUAUUAUUUCUAGCCAUUGCUUUGGCCAAGACAUUCUGUCAUCCUGACAAACGGGACAACCGUGCUUACAAUUGUAGACAAGCUGAGUCAACCUACACCCGCCACCCAAGACGGCCUCAAAAGCACAUUCACAAAACUGACAUCCAGUUGGUACCAGCGCUUCGGGGGCGUAAAGAAACCCCACAAGAAGAUGAAGCUGCGGCAUUGUCAUCUACAUUACCUUUAGUGGAAAGAACACAUCAACAGGGCCAAUUUACCCUUACACCAACCCUUGCUCGCAUGACUCAGAAUCAAGCCCAUAUGGAAAUGGAUGGGAACCCACCACUCACUCAAAGCAAGAUACUCAGAAAGCCUGGAAGCAUAGAGUGGAAUGGAACACUUCCUUAUAACCCAGGAACACCAUAUCGAACCCUGCAAAAGACCAGGAAUCCUUCCUCUUCUUCUUUCGCAAACUCGCAGACCAGCACACUCAGAAGAAACAAAAAUGACGAAGUCAAGCCCACUACCAUGGACCCCUCACAAACUAUAGCUUCAGUUCCCAGUAAUCAGGCCACAUUACGGAGACCAAAGACCACAGAAAAAAAAGGAAGGAUGGAAGAGUCAGACCACAGGCAGAUCCUGAGGAACCUCGUUCGGCUCUCUAUGGCAGCCUUUGCAGAGAACGGUUCUAUUGAACUGUCCUCUGCCUCACCCGAGGUGCAACAGGUGUCUCAGCUUCUGUCACUUUUGCAUCAAGGACAACUUCAGCCUCGACCAAAUUUCCGCGGAAACAAGUAUUCUCACAGAACUGGCCGGUCUGGGGAUCGAGAUGCUGAUUGGCUGAGCACUAAAGACAGCGGUCAUGGCGAGAGUGAAAUGGGUGAUAUGGACUGGGAAACUGGCAGAGACUCACCUGUCGACCACUUAUAUGAAGAAGGCCUCAAUAAUCUCCUGACAUCUGAUGACGUGUUCUCAGACAUUCCUGAUCCAGCAUGGAUGGCUCGUCUUUCUCUUCCUCUGACAACCGACUACCAUGAAAACCUGUUUGUCCCGGACGGACCGCCGUCCCCUGAUGCCCUCUGUCCCAUGGCCAGUCCUGAUGAUUCCACUUCCUUCUCCACGUUUGGUAAAAGCCCAGAGAAGCGCGGUCUGGGCGGCAGCGCUCUGAUGUCAGAAGUGAGCUCUCUGUUUGAGAUGUUGCUGACGCAGAAGGCCGAUGGCCAGUCGUGUCCUCCAGCUGACGUGCUGUACAGACUCUCGGCCGCGUACAGACGCUCGCUCGGCUUAGAUGCUCCUGCCGCCACACGCCAACCAGGGCAAACUCCCAUGAUGCAGUAUGCCAACCCUAUACCAUAAGAACGUCUCUGAUGCUAUAUCAUUUUUGGGAUGCAUGCAAGCCUCAGGAACACGAGCCUGACCUCUGAACCCCCACGACAACGGCUCAUGACCUUCCUUUUUUUCAACCAGGUCUGUCUGGAACAGGCCAUGACAAGAACUUGUAAUAUUUGUAUGAGAUUAAAUCUUUCAGUGCAUGAAACAAGACUCAAAAUAAUCCUAGGCCUUUCAAAUAUUUGUUUGCAAAAAGGUGAAUUCAUGCAGUGAACAUUGGGAGAAACGAGUCUCCUCUUUAGGAAGUCAGUGUUUAUAUUCCCCUGAAACAACCUCACUAAAUCUGCAGGGCUGAUCAGCGCCCACUGCUGGCCUGUUUGCUUAUUUUUUAUGGGACUUUUCUGUUACUGUUUCAUACCCUGUAACUGAUUCUUGUAAUAGUCAGAAAUAAGCCGAACACUGUAAAUUCAAGACUUGUUCACUGUAGGACUGCGAAGCACUGAUGACAGAAUUCAGUCAUUCUCUGAAUGUUUCUUGUUUUUCUUCUUUUCUUUGAAUGCCGUAAGUUAUUGAUAUCAAAACAAAGAUGUAUAAUUUUUUUUUGCAAUAUCUUUUUUGUAUAUGUGUAGUGCUUUUUUUAAUUCAUAAUUUCAGCACUUUUUCUGUUUGUAAACCAUAUAAGCGAAAUAAACCAUUUUUAAUAAA